CAGACAAAAUGGCGGAUGCCCAUGCCGUUCGUGAGAAAUUUACGCAUGGAACUAAUUACUUGAUUACGCGUUCUAACACAAUUUCCUUCAAAGUUACGAAAGUUUUACUUUUAGAAAAUUAACAUGGCAGGUGAAAACGACGGUGACGUGUACGAAGAAGGGGAGGGGGAGUUGGUGGACUGGCAGUUACCGGUUGCCUUCAACGAAAAUAGACACACGGAAAAGAUUGAAGGUUCUCGUCCAGUAACUGAAACAUGGAGGAUGAAAGAAAGGAUGAAGACUGUCAGUGUGGCUCUCGUCAUGUGUCUCAACGUUGGUGUUGACCCUCCGGAUGUAGUGAAGACAACUCCCUGUGCCAGACUGGAAUGCUGGAUAGAUCCUCUCUCCACAAGCCCCCAAAAGGCCUUAGAAUCUAUUGGAGGCAAUCUACAGAAACAGUAUGAGCGAUGGCAACCCCGAGCUCGAUACAAACAGAGCCUCGACCCAACAGUGGAUGAGGUCAAGAAACUCUGUACAUCUCUCAGAAGGAAUGCCAAGGAGGAGAGAGUCCUGUUUCACUAUAACGGACAUGGUGUACCUCGACCCACCGUAAAUGGAGAAAUAUGGGUGUUUAACAAGAGUUACACGCAAUACAUCCCACUGUCAGUGUACGACCUGCAGACCUGGAUGGGGAGCCCUUCCAUCUACGUCUUUGACUGUUCCAAUGCAGGCAUCAUUGUGGAGUCUUUCAGACAGUUCUCUCAACAGAGAGACCAGGAAAUCGAUAGUGAAACCACAAAUGGCAGUCAGUGGUACAGUGGCCAGGGUCCCCCCUCCUCCAACAAGCACUGCAUACAACUAGCAGCUUGUGGGGCCAAGGAACUGCUGCCCAUGAAUCCAGAACUACCUGCUGACCUCUUCACAUCAUGUCUAACUACACCAAUAAAAAUAGCUCUUAGAUGGUAUGUUCUUCAGAAUACAAGCAAGCUGGUGCCCGGUCUCACACUGGAAAUGGUUGAUAAGAUCCCAGGUCAGCAGAAUGACCGGCGGACAAUGUGGGGUGAGCUGAACUGGAUCUUCACAGCCAUCACUGACACCAUUGCCUGGAACAUUCUCCCUAAAGAGUUGUUCCAGAAGUUAUUUCGCCAGGACCUGCUUGUGGCGAGUUUGUUCCGGAACUUCCUGCUUGCCGAGCGUAUUAUGCGUUCCUACAACUGUACCCCAAUCUCUAGUCCGAAACUACCUCCAACCUAUCAGCACCCCAUGUGGCAAGCAUGGGAUCUUGCUCUAGACCUUUGUCUUUGCCAACUGCCGCGAGUCAAUGAGGAAGAUGGGUCAGCAUUCAAGCACAGCCCUUUCUUUGCUGAGCAGCUGACUGCUUUUCAGGUUUGGCUGUCAUUUGGAAGGGAAGAUCGCAGGCCCCCUGAGCAACUGCCUAUUGUACUACAGGUGCUGCUAAGUCAAGUUCAUCGACUGCGGGCCCUUGAUCUGCUGGGCAAGUUCCUGGACCUCGGCCCCUGGGCUGUGAGUCUGGCGCUGUCAGUUGGCAUCUUCCCCUAUGUGUUGAAGCUCCUCCAGAGCUCGGCGAGAGAGCUUCGACCGCUACUGGUGUUCAUUUGGGCCAAAAUACUGGCUGUGGAUAGUUCCUGCCAGGCCGACCUUGUGAAGGACAAUGGCCACAAGUAUUUCCUGUCUAUACUGGCUGAUCCGUAUUUACCGGCUGAGCACCGGACGAUGGCAGCCUUUGUCCUGGCAAUGAUAGUGAAUGAAUACCAGCAGGGUCAGGAAGCUGCCUUACAAGGGGGAGUCAUAUCAGUAUGCCUGGAACAGCUGGGCGACCGUAAUUCCACCCUCCGACAGUGGCUGGCUCUCUGUCUAGGAAAGGUGUGGACUAACUUUGACAAUGCGAGGUGGUGCGGCGUGAGAGAUAGCGCACAUGAGAAGCUCUACAAACUACUGCUGGAUCCAGUACCGGAGGUUCGUGCAGCUGCUGUGUUUGCCCUAGGGGCAUUCAUAAGCAACAGGUCUGAAAGAAGUGACCAUGCAAUCCAGAUCGACCUGGGGGUCGGGAUGAGAUUGGCAGAGGUGGCUUCUGAUGGCAGUCCCCUGGUCAGGAAGGAGUUGGCUGUGGCUUUUGGUGGUCUAGUGGUGCAGUUUGAAGGGCAGUUCGCUGCUGUAGCCUCUCAGAUGUUGGAGGAGGAGAAGCUGAAGGAUCGCAACACGCCGAUCGUGUCAGCCGAGGCCCCCGGUGGGUGGAAUGUUGUCACCCCUGGCACUGAUGGCUUGCUCUCUCCUAUGAGUGCAGCUGGCAUCCGGCGCAGUGCUUCUCGCGGUAGCCUGAAGGGCAUGCUAUCCUCCACUCCCACCACCGUGACGUCCCUACAGAGCUACCCCAGCAGUAGCUCUACCAGCGUGGAGAGUGCCGGCAGCCAUGACGGUCUGCGGAGAGACUCCUCGUCAUCCUCCCUCAGUGGCCUGGCCUUCAAGAACGUGCACAUGUGUGUGUGGCGCUCGCUGCUGCUGCUGGCCAUGGACCCGCACACAGAGGUGGCCGACAUGGCCAAGAAGAUUGUCAACUCUGUCAGACUCAGGGCAUCGCUGUGUGCCAAGCCCAAGAUGGUGAUUCAGAACAGUCAGAUGUCUCACUCCGCUCCCUGCAGCCCCUCAAACAAACCACCAGCCAACAUGAUGAUUGGAACACCUCCCCAGAAUCUGGACAUGAUAAACAGUGUGGAUGAAGUUCGGAACAGAGACAACCAGUCCCCUGGGCGGACCAGCAUGCUCGUUACCCCGGUCCGAGGCUCCGGGCAGGGCGCACAGCCCCCCCACCAACCAUACUCCAUGCAGUUCUCGCGACACAGGAAGAUAUUCGAUAAAGGCCCAACACCAAUUGAGGAGAAGGAGGAGGAAGUUCCUACCAUCACCACCACCACCGCCGCCAGUCCGCCGAACUUGGGCGCUGUUUCCACCGAGUUUUUCCAGUGGAGUUUUCGUCACUUCGCACAGCCGGUUCACAGAAUGAGGGAGAUGAGUGACCCGGAGAGUGGGCUGCACCACCAGCGGGAGUUCCGCUUCCUGCGCAACUCGCAUGUCCGCAGAGACGCACGCGAAGACCAGAACAGAGCUGGUUUUAGUCGACUGGAUGACCAGAUCUUUGUGAACCGUAACCAGUUCCCUCCGUCGGUGGUCAAGUUCCACCCUUACAAGUCUCACAUAGCCGUGGCAGACAAGGAGUCUGGUGUCAGCAUCUGGAACUGGGAGCAGGGCACUAGACUCAGCUACAUCAUCAAUGACAAUCCGAAGUCCACCCGCAUCACCGCCAUGGACUAUAUCAAUGCUCAUGACAAAGCAUUGCUGAUGUGUGGAUCAGAUGAUGGUGCAGUGAGAAUCUGGCGGAAGUAUAUGGUUGAUGAUGGCAAAGGGAAGGAACUGGUGACAGCUUUUCAGGCACUGUCUGAUAUGUUGCCGCUAUCUAGAGGUUCAGGGCUGGUGUGUGAGUGGGAGCAGGACUCCGGGAUGCUGCUGGCUUCAGGGGAUGUCAGAGUCAUUCGACUCUGGGACACGCAGAAAGAGAUGAAGUUACAGGAUAUUCCAACCAGCGCCGACAGUUGUGUGACGAGUCUGGCGUGCGACUCUAUGGGCAGAUCACUGCUGAUUGCUGGCUGUGGAGACGGGACUGUUCGCCUCUUUGACAGGAGACUUGCUCCCACGGAGUGCCGAGUGAUGACCCUGAAGGAACACUCCGGCUGGGUGGUCAACGUACACCUACAGAAGGGAACAGAAGGAAAGAUCAUCAGUGCCAGUGCUGGCGGUGACAUCAAGAUGUGGGACCCGCGAUUUACAGAGUCAGUGCGGAGCUUCUCCACCCAGUCCAGCAUUACAUCCAUGGCAGUCCACCCUCGGGCUGAUGUUAUAGCAUGUGGGUCGGUGAACCAGUCCAUCAGUGUGUACAACCAGAGUGGGGACAGCCUCAGUCUCAUCAAGUACCACGAGGGUUUCCUGGGCCAGCGCAUCGGCACCAUCAGCUGUCUGACCUUUCAUCCCUACUUAGUGAGACUGGCUGCUGGCAGCAAUGACGCGUUUGUCUCCGUGUACUCCAGCCCAGCCAAGAGGAGUUGACGUUAGCGAUGACUAGCAUUGAGAGAACCGUCACAUCUACUGCCACCACAGCUGCUGUGUGUUCCUGAAUGUUGUAGAGAAAGUAUGACCUCAUGUUUAGUAGGGCUCGGAUGAUACACCAACUGUUUGAUCCCCUACGUAUCAUGAUACCUUGCUCUUGAUAUGAUACGUAUCACAAUACUUGUAUGUGCUUAUAUCUGUGGUGUGUAAGCCAUUGUUUUCAUAGAAAGGAUGGCCAAAUACCUGGCACACUGACGAUUUACAGUUGAUAGUGUCAAGUGAUAGGCGCAAUGGAUGACAAUAUUUACAUUUCACCACUAGUGUCACUAAUAAUUAGUGUUUGUGGAACAGUUAUUAAAGCAAAUGUUUAAGGUAAGAAUCAAUACUUUUUACUUGGUGUAUGACUGUGAUCGAUACUUGUAUCGAGAAGUAAAAAAUCGUGAUCCACCGAUGCAUCGGUGUAUUGUCCCAUGACUAAUGUUUAGUGAUGCUUCCUAGACCUUCUAGAUGUUUGUCAAUCAAAAUCUUUAUUACACCAGUCCUGUGAUGUGACAGUUAAAACUUGAUGAAUGGACAGGAUAUGAUCUAUGUGGGGUUUAAUUAACAAGUUCCGCACAUUGCAGUUAAAACAUGUUGUACAUUACCAUGAUUACAUCAACUAAAUAUUAGCUUGUUUGAGUGCAAAAUCAGCAGUGUUGGAAGCUCUCCUAGAAUCUCCAACUCAUGAUUUGGAUAGGAGUAGUGCUGCACAUGCUUCAGGAAUGGACAGGAGUACUUCUGUCCUUUGAAAAAAAAUUGUUGGAUAGUGAAAAUUUGGAACAGAAAAACACCUCCAAUUUAAAUGAAUGUGUUGCCAUAUGAAUGAUUGUUGAACUCUGGGUUGCAUUUCUACAGUGUUUAGAUCCCUCUUAGAGACUGUAACAAUAUGAUGCACAAAGCGCUGAUUAAUCAUGAUAUCCUAGGCAAAUUGCUCAUAUAGCGACGAAGUGAAUGUUACAGAUUGCAGCAACAGCGCAUCCUCUGUGUGUUUGAAUUAUCAUGGUACCUGUGUAUGAAUUCUAUGAAAGGUCCUAGCAGUUUAUCAAGAUGAAUUGAGUAUGAUUAUAAUUUAACACAUUGUCACUACAACACACUUGAUUGUGUAUUUUCACCAAAAUCACUUUAUACCAAAGAAAUAUAAGUUUGUCGUUUUUAUCCGUUUCAUAAGGUUCACAUUUGAGCAGAAUAUCCAAGGUGUGGUUUCACUUUGGUAAUUAGUUGAAACUAGUGAAUAUGAAGGUAACAUAAGCAGUCAACACUGGGUUACCACAUCUCACUGGCAAGCAUCACAGUUUUAAUACUCUUCAUCUACUCCAGUAUAGUACACACAAUACUUAGACAGAGCUCCAGUUCAAGUUUGGGAAUUGUUCAUGGAUGGGCUUGCUGAAAUAUGUUGAUCUGACAACUUCUUCCCGAAGAUUAUGGUAUUGUUCGUUCCUUCUGUUUUGAAACUCUCCUACCCAAUAUACAGGAUUUGUUCUUUGUCAUUAUGUAUCUUCUCAAGUGUUGUUGUGAAAUUCAAGAAAAGUGUGUCGCAUUAACAGGUGCAACAACGUGAUAAACAUGAAGUGUAACUUGUAAUUCAUGAUUCUGUGCAAUAUUACAAACAUUUCACCAAUGUGUGCAGCGUCAGAACGUGUUCCGAAGUUUUGCAUGGUUUGGCUUCUGGAGUAGCUGGACAUCCAUACAUAUACACAGCGAUAGAUCAGGUUGUUUCAACAGCCAUCAAAGUCCAAGAUUUACCCUGAAAACAGGUAUUUCCACAAGAGAUGAAGCAAAGCUGUUGACAGGUGUGGCAGUGUUUAACAGGACAUGUGGCUGUUGACAGGUGUGGAAGUGUUACACAGAACAUGUGGCUGUUGACAGGUGUGGAAGUGUUACACAGAACAUGUGGCUGUUAACAGACAUUGAAGUGUUACACAGAACAUGUGGCUGUUGACAGGUGUGGAAGUGUUACAAAGAACAUGUGGCUGUUGAAAGGUGUGGAAGUGUUACACAGGACAUAUGACUGUUGACAGGUGUGGCAGUGUUUAACAGGACAUGUGGCUGUUGACAGGUGUGGAAGUGUUACACAGAACAUGUGGCUGUUGACAGGUGUGGAAGUGUUACACAGAACAUGUGGCUGUUAACAGACAUUGAAGUGUUACACAGAACAUGUGGCUGUUGACAGGUGUGGAAGUGUUACACAGAACAUGUGGCUGUUGACAGGUGUGGAAGUGUUACAAAGAACAUGUGGCUGUUGAAAGGUGUGGAAGUGUUACACAGAACAUGUGGCUGUUGACAG